AUGUUCUCUGCUGUGCUGAUGGACACUUACCGUCAUGAACGCCCAGGGAUCCGCAUCGCCUACAUGACGGACGGUCACCUCAAUCGACGGCGGAUGCACUUACAAUCGCGCGUAUUUACAACCGCCGUUCACAAACUUCUCUUCGCCGACGACUGCGCCCUAAAAAUCACAUUGGAAGAGGACAUGCAACGGAGCAUGGACCUCAUCUCGGCCGCCUGCGAGAACUUCGGUCUGGACGUACCUACCGUGAUGAACCCCCCGGAAUCCGCUUCGCCUGCAGGACCGACGGCAAUCCUCUCAACAGCCGGCGCAUACAGGCCUCACCGCUUCUCUCCACGACCACCGUUCAUGACCCACUCUUAG